CUGGCACAGGGUGUGCUGUGUUGGCUGUCAAGUUUGCGCAAUGUCGUUGUUUUGGUUGUGUUGUGCAAACGCACCAAUUUGCAGGCAGGUUCCGCAGGCUGCAUGAUAACAACCACGCUCCUGUAUUGUUUUAAUACCUUCGUGGGACGGUUUACGGUACGGCAUUGUGGCAUCAGCAAAAUAUGACGCGAUAUCCAACUGCUCCGCUAAACAUCGUUGCCACGAGACAAGCAAGUUAUGGGCAGUGCGCCGAACCUUCCAACCGCCAGUAGUGGGUGUUGGUAGCGAGCAGUGGUUCUUCCGGUGGUCGGUCAAGUGCGACCGAAGCGUGCGGGGAGCGUUCAGCACCAGCUGCAUCCUGCAUGAUGGUGCGGUAGCGCUAAAUUUGCAGCAUCAGCGGUGUAUGUGCGUGUGUGUGUGAAUUUUCUGAUGCAUCUGCCAACAACAUCACCCACAACGGUCGUGUUUAUUACCCAGCUCUAACCGGUGCGAUGUGGCGCUGCCCGAAACGAAGACCCCCGUACGCCGGUUCCGAUGUGUGAUAGUUUGUGCAUUCCGUAGAUGUUUUAUUUUCGAAGCUUUGUUUUAUUAUACUACCAAAUCGGAUCAUUCUUCGGUUACGCUUUGUACGCCCACGUUCGGUUCGGUGUUGUGCCUGAGUAGGGUAGACUUGUUCGGUGUGCCGGAAGAACGCCUGCACCAUGAGUCAAUUUUCCAGCAUUGCCACGUGCUUCGGUCACGUUGUGCUGGCGGCCGUGACGGGCUGGUCGUUAAAGUAUCUACCCGCCCCGAACCUUCUCAGCACACCGUUCGUCUGGAUCAUGCUCUGGUGCCUGAUGGCGUACAGCAUGCUUGGCAUCAUUCGCUUCAGCCAUCCUCAGCCGGGAAAACUGUUGCGCUUUCUGUACGACCAUACCGCGUUGCUUGCCAAGGUGUGUCCACUGCCGUUCCUGAACGCACAGCUAUACCUAGCCCAGCCAGCCCAGACCCUGCACGAGUUCGGCGAAAGCUUCGUGCAACCGUACCAAAACGGGCUAGGCUAUGCCUUCCUACUCUCAGCGGUGGUAGCGUACGUGGUGUGUAACAUUUUUAGCGAUCUCAGCCGUCGCCACAUCGGUGAGCAUGUGGCUACCGGCGUACUGCUGCUGAACGCGGUCGGGCUUAGUUUGGUAGCUUGCAGCAGCGAUAACUUCUGGGCCAUGGGGUUGGUAGUGUCCUGCGUAUCGAAACACUUCCUGCUGCCCGUACUCGCCGAACGGUACCGUAUGCCGCACGCCUUGCUGUACACGUACGGGUUAAGCUUUUACGAAAUAUUCGCCGUGAACGCUGUCAUCGAUGUACAGACUUCCACGAUCAGAGUGAUAAUGUAAUCCAUUUCUAUUGUGCCCGGCUAUAUUGCACGUUUAGCUAGCACAUUUCUAAGCCGACCUUACAGAGCAACAGGUUUUUUUUUUAUUGCAACCUUUUCAAUACCUUUCCUGACAGUGCACAACACACUAACGUACUAGCUAUUCUAUAUUUACCUGAAACAUUGUUUUAUACAUGCAUACCAAUUGCAAAACAAAAGCUACACGAAAGUGAACUUUUUGCUUUACGCAACAGUAACGAAACGAAUUAUACACAAAGAAGACAAUUGUACUAUUCAUAUACAAAGUUAGCUAGAGAGAAGUAAACAAAAUGGGGGAAAAUGAAGAAUUUUUAAAAGUGUGCAGGAAUGUCUGGGCUGAAUAUUAGCGAAUAGGAAGGAAGAAAAAAGUUUUGAUAAGUUUUUUUUAUAUAUAUUCGUUGUUUAUAAACAUUAUAGUAUUUGAGUACAUAUAAUACCAUAUCAACAUCACAUCACAGCCGCCAGAGAACAGUGAACGUUACGUUUCGUUUUUGAUAAAAAUUUACAAAUGUUCGCACAAGAGUGCAAUACGAUAUUACGCUAUACAGUAUACUAAAACCGCUAGCCUACCAGUGCAAUAACAACCCGGUGUAACAUUUUAUAGUUUGUAAAGGUGUUUAAAGUUUUAUGGUUCUUUUUUUAUUCUCUCUUCGUACCACCAUUUUUACUAAUGUAAGGCUACAAAUGUUAUAAAAGAUGUUAAGGAAGGGGGUUGCUAUAGCUAUGCAGCUUGCUAGACAUGGUAAGAGAUAUUGGACCGCGCGCAAAAAAAAAAAGACAGUACUAAGAUAAAAAGACAUCUUCCUACCUAACAAAUGCUACACGAGUCAUAUUGGUCCGCUAAAUGGCUUUCGUAAAAUGUAUACAGGUAUUUAAAAACCAUUCGUGCAGCGUGUUGUUGUUGUUGUUGUUGUUGUUGGUACAAUGGCCGCUUGUUGGUGUCUUAGAAAGGGGGACGAUUUGAUUAUUGCGGUGGAGUAUUUUUGUGAAUGAUUGUUGUAUAAAUGUACGUUUGGAAAGCUGUAUUUACAAAA